AUGGGAUUUAUUGCAUCUUUUUUUUGUUGUUCACCAGAGACUAAUUCUUCAAAUAAUCAAACAUACACUACUCGCACUAAGCAAAUAAAUAAUAAUUUAAAUCCAAGUAAUAGUCACAUAACUCUUAGCAGAAGCUUCAACAAUAACCAAACUAAUAAUAACUCAAAUAAAGGUAACAUUAUAACAAGUGCCAACAAUUUCAAAUUGAACAAAAUGUCGUAUCCUACCUCUUCUCAUAUUACUACAAAACAAUUAAAACCCGUCUCUUCAAAUUCAUUUACUACAAAACACACCUCCACUAAUACCAAUCAUACUAAUAAUAAUAAUAAUAAUAAUAAUUCUAAUUCAGUUCCACAUUCUCCUAAUAAAGAUAAGAUCCCAAGAUCAGGCUCUACUCCAAUAAGGAAAAAGAGAAAGAGCAAGAAUUCCAGAUUGAAGAAUGGUGAAAAAAAUUACACUUUCGAAGAUAAUGAAGAGGAUUACGAUAUGCUAGAUUCAAAAGAUAUCGAUUUGACAGAUGAAGAGGACGAUGACGAGGAAGAUAUUGAAAAAAAUGGUAAGCAAACAUUUGAUGUAUAUAAUACUGAGACAGACAGAAGUACAGGAAACUCAAGUUCCGAAUAUGCCUACAGUCAGCAAUUUGCACCUCAUCAAGAACUCAAUGAAAAACGUCUUUCAACUGAAAAUCAGAGAGACGCCACGGAUGUAAAUACGAACAUAAAUUCUGCUUCAACUCUACAAGAAAAUACAGAAAGUAUUCCUGAUCAAUAUGCAUCAUCAGAUACUAAUGAUGCUAACGACGCCAAUGAUUUCAAUAUGAUACCAUCCUAUGAUGAUACCGAAGAAUUUGUUGAUUUGACUGUAUUACAACCAAAUCAAUAUCAUGCCCCUGGUUACGAUACUUUAUUACCACCUCCGGAAAAGAGUUUAUCGAGAAAGAAAUGUCUCGUUUUAGACUUGGAUGAAACUUUAGUACAUUCCUCCUUCAAAUAUCUGAAAUCUGCUGAUUUUGUUCUUCCAGUUGAUAUUGAUGACCAAAUUCAUAACGUGUAUGUGAUAAAGAGACCCGGCGUUGAUGAAUUUUUGAAAAGAGUUGGUGAAAUUUUCGAAGUCGUAGUAUUCACUGCAAGUGUUUCAAGAUAUGGUGACCCAUUACUGGAUGUACUGGAUAAAGGUAAAUCUAUACAUCACAGAUUAUUUAGAGAGGCUUGUUACAAUUAUGAAGGAAACUAUAUCAAAAAUUUAUCUCAGUUAGGUAGACCUUUAUCUGAUAUUAUCAUCUUGGAUAAUUCACCGGCUUCAUAUAUUUUCCAUCCACAGCACGCUAUUCCAAUAUCUUCAUGGUUCUCUGAUACGCAUGACAAUGAAUUACUAGAUAUAAUACCUUUAUUGGAAGAUUUGUCAAAAUCAUUUGUAUUAGAUGUUGGUAAAGUAUUAGAUGUGUCUAUAUAA